GUCAUUUUAAAUCAGUAUGCUGCAACUUAGUGCUGCCAAUAUUUAUAAAUGAGAAUAAAUUUUGACAGCAGUAGCAUAAUACAAACACACCAACUAUUUGUUUCUUAUCAUAUGCGGUAGAAGUUCAUUCAUAACUACUCUAGUUAAAUAUUAACUCAUAUAGGAUUGAACUUGUGAAAUAAAUAUAAUACAAUUAUCAAGCGAAUAGGACGCUUACUUAUAGUGUCGAAGGUUGAAGAUUCUGAAAAAGGUAUGGAUUUAAAAAAAGGUGGAAACAGGCGUUAUCGUCACGCAGGUGAUUUAACGGAUGAGCCACCUACUCGUAAGUUUGCUGAAGUUAGUAUCCCCAUGCCUUGGGGUCAUAUAUCCGGUAAAUGGUAUGGUCCUCAAGAUGUUCAGCCUAUACUUGGGCUACAUGGAUGGCAAGAUAACGCUGGCACCUUUGAUUUAUUAGUACCUCUUUUGUCGCCAGAUGUUCCCUUCCUCUCCAUAGACCUGCCCGGACAUGGACUUUCAUCACGCCUUCCGAAUGGAUGCUACUACAACACCAUUGACAAUUUGUACGUUAUACUAAAUAUAAUGAAACAAUACAAUUGGAAAAAGGUCUCCAUAAUCGGACAUUCCAUGAGCUCCAUUAUUGCUUUUGUAUUUGCUGCGAUUUUCCACGAUAAAGUUGACAUGGUUAUUGGUCUGGAUGCAUUGAAACCACAUCAACGUCUACCCGCCAGUGUUGUACGUAGCAUGGAAACGCGAAUGGAUGGUUUUAUAAAAGAGGAUGAACGCAACCAAUCGAAUGAGGAGCCACCAAGCUAUUCAUAUGACGAACUCAUUGAACGCAUUUUUAUUGGAACAUUCCAUUCCAUCAACAAAGAUCUCUGUAAACAUAUGUUAGCGCGUAGCAUACAAAAAUCGGAAAAAUAUCCUGAGAAAUAUUUCUUUUGUCGCGAUCGUCGUUUAAAGUUCUACAAUUAUGUGGUUGGUACACAGGAAAUUUGCGUAGAAAUGGCUAAACGCAUUGAGUGCCCCUAUUUGUUUAUUAAAGCACGACAAUCCAGUUAUUUCGAAGAUAAAAAGUAUUAUGAUGAGGUAUUAGCCAUAUUGCAAACGAAACCAAGUUUUGAAUAUUUUGAGGUCGAUGGCUCGCACCAUGUGCACAUGAAUCAUCCAGAGCGUAUUAUUGGACCAAUCAACGAUUUCAUUAAUCGUAAUGGUCCUUUGGCUAAGCGAAGCUCUAGCAAAUUGUAGAAUGUUCGUUAGUUAAUUUACACUAAAUUUUUAUCCGAGCAAAUUUUCAUAACUAAUUGUAAUAGUAUAGUAAUUGUAAAUAGUUGUUCAUACUUUGUAUUACAGUAGAAGUUUGGAAUAGACUUCGUUAAGUUUGAAUACAUAAAUAAUACACCUAUAAAACAAUUAAGAAGGAGAUAAGAGCUAACAUUUUAUACUCCCGCAACUUGCAAGAAUCAAUCAACCGGAGAAAUUCUUUCAGGUGCUGGCUAAACUUUAUAUAAAAAAAUUUUGCGAAAAAAUUAAACAUCCAUUAUUCGAUGAAAUGUUAAUAAAGUACAAUCAAAUUUG